GACUGCACCAGUCUGAAUCGGAUGAGAAUUUUCUACUCCAGCAACAACUCUGCCACCGCUUCAACUGCCUUCACGUCGGCCUUAUCGUCUUCCAGCCGGCAGCCCUGUGAAGUGGAACGAUUUUAGAUAGAGCCAUGAGUCACUUCAACCCAGGGCUUAUUUCAGCCUACAACAGCCUCACAGACAAACACCUCACCGGCUACUUCAGCAGUACUCGUAUUAGGAGACACUUGCAGAGAGCCGGACUGAUCACAAGGAGUGGGCGUAUUGUUCCCGACAAGGAGUACAGACACAAGCUGAUCCAGAGAGCCCACCAGAGACAUGUCAGAGAGUGCUUGGCCCAGGCCAUUUUCCUCAAGGUGCUGGAGAUGGAGCGUCUUCAUCAAAUGGAGAUUAAAAAAAAACUGGAGGAGUUUGCCAGGCGGGAGCGAGUGCACAAGAUGAAGGUGGAGCGUUCUAAACGAUUUGAAGAAGACAUCCAAAUUAUGUUACCACACCCACCAAUGGGUGCAAGGGCAGUCCGGAAACAGCACUCUGGACCUGUGGGGGGUCACUAUGGAUCCUCAGAGUCUCCUGGUUCAUCUCGACCCAACACAGCUCCAGGCAACAUGCAGAGGCCUGUGCGUUUGAAGCCCAUCCACAACAACACAACUUCCUCUAACAGACGUAGCUCCCCUCACCAGCUCCACGAGGCGUUCAUUGAUAACCACCUCUCAUUCAACCGCACUAUGGAGAGGAAGCCUAGGAAACAUACGACCACAUCGGAUACCUCUCACGGCAUCUCACCUUAUUGCCUCCCGGUCGUCAAUAACUUCGUCAUGCCACUGCCUCCAACUACAAAGAGGAAAGAGAGGGGGCCCAGUGGCACUCCCAGCAGCACACUCAGGAGGCGCCGCCGACUCCUGCGGCCCGCCACUGGCUCCAGUGGCGCUGAGGUCAAUGAGGAGCAGCCUCUCCUGAGGACGACAGUGCUCCAGAGCAAAGUGUGUGUCACCAUGGUGUAUUUUGGCAAAUCGGUGCAUCUUUCCCACGACCUGGACGACCUGAGGGACGAGGUCAAAGUGUUCCAGCAGCACUGCGGAGGAGAGAACUUAUGUGUGUACAAGGGCAGGCUUCGUGAGGGAGAGACGUUCCACUUCGUGUCGAGGCGUCAUCCAGGCUUCCCCUUCAGCCUGACCUUCUUCCUGAACGGGCUGCAGGUGGAGCGUCUCAGCUCGUGCUGCGAGUUCAAACACAGAAAAGGUCCCAGACUGGGCGGCAGGCAUGGACACUUUGGCUUCACCGCCGUGGAGCGGGCAUCACCUUGCUACAAGUGCAUCAUAGCAAUGGGGCUGGACAAAAAGCCAACUCCACCACCAAAGAAAGUCAAAGAGAACGUCACAGGAGAGGAAAGCUCCUUCAGCCUCAAGGACGCUCCCGUGAUGGAGACAGGGAGUGCAUCCCGCUCAGGAUGUGAAAGCAGCUCUCCACAAGAACAACAAACACAGGACGAACACAGAGAUGAUUACGAAGAGGACUUUGAAGCAGACGAUGAUAAAUCAAAUGAAAAGAAGCCCUCAUCUUCAACAAGUGAAACAGACGUGCAGACAAAAGACGAAGCUUCGUCUGACUUUGAAGACAACAAAACGGACGAAGAAGAAGAUGUGAGGCCUCAUUCCAGUUCCAGCUCCAGUGAGGAGAGCGACGCUGAGGACGAGGAAGAAAUAGAAGAACCAAAAGAAGUCCUACAGAGACAGGAGACUUCACCUCCAGUUGAAAAGGACCAGGGAAAUCCACAAGUCACUGAUACUGAGUCUGCUGAGGUCAAGGGCUCUCAAGUCGAGGACAGUGGGGAAGUCUCAGACACCAGCGUGCCCACGUCGGACGAGAAAGAACAGACUGCGGACACAUCAGAAGAGAGAAAAGAGGGUGAGGAGGCAGAAGAUGGGGGUGACCAAGAAGAGCAGGAAAGGGCCAAAUCUGUACAGGAGAAGCUAGCCGAAGCCAUACUGACAGAGUCCCGGUUCAGCUCUGAGCCAGAACUGAGCGACACCAGUACUGAAGAGGAGGAGGAAGAACCAUUGGUAUCCAAAAACCAAGGGCAGAAGCCAGAAAAUGAUGUAGCAGUCAUGGAGAAAUCAGUAACAACGUGUGAGGAAAGUGUGUCAAAGAAUCACGAGGAGCCUAGAAGACAGGCUGAAAGCCAACCCCAAGAGAACGAGGAGCACGAGGAAGUGAAGGAAGAAGAUCAUGAGGAGAAAAUCCCUGAAGGUGACAAGACUUUAGAACAUCAAGACGAUGCCUUGGCUAUAUCUACUGAUGGAGAGUUGAAUAAAAAGGCUGCUGCAGAUGCAGCGAGCGAGACAACAGAGACGAAGGAAGAGAAGCAAGAGGGCCUCGGCGGUGUGGUGACGCAUGGCGCAGAGGUUUCUACAGAAAUUCCAACAGAUAUAAAAGAAGAAGACAAUGUAAAUGAUGAGAACAGUAAUGUGGAAGCUAUUGAAGCUACUGAGGAAAAAGAAACAAGCAAGGUGUUUGAAGAAAUAAAUGAUCAAGUGGCAAAAUAUGAGGAACGUGCUGAGAAAUCAUGUGAAGAUACUAACAGGGAAAAUCAGGCCGAGGAAAAUCUUAACAAGGUAGAAAACAUUGCAGAGGAGACUAAUACUGAUGCAAACAAUGAAGAGACAAAGAAAGAUGCAGCAGAGGCAAACCUCAUUGAAGAACAAACACAGAGAGAUGACAGCAAUGGCCUGAAGAGCACAGAAGCAGAGGGAGAACACGAGGAGAAGGACACCAAAGAAAUAAACCCAACAAACACGGACGACGGAGAGGGGAGUGAAGCCAGACAGAAGGAUAAAAACGAAGCUGUUGAAAGUAAUGAUGUGACAGAUAAAGACGAAAAUGAGCAAAUCCUUGCGGCUGGGCUCAAGGAAAGUCAAGAAAUCAACAAAGCAACUACUGAGGAUGCAGAGGAAAGUGAAGUGAGACAGAAAGAAGCAGAUGAUGCCAGUAAAAAUGUAGAGGAGAAAAUUGUUACUGCUAAAAACGAGGAAGAUGAAGAAAUCAACGCGGAAAAGAACAAAGAUGUGAUGGAUCAAACUGAAGAAGAGAAGAUCAAUACUGAUGAGAUAGAGGAAAGAGAAGAAACAUCUAAGAAAGACGAGAGCAAAGCUGAAAUAAGGGAUAGGGAUGGAGAUGAGGAAGUGAACAUUCAGUCUGCGGAAAGUGAAGAAACCAACAAAGCAAACACGGAUAAUAUAGAGGAAAAAUAUGAAAACGAGAAUGAAGCUGUGAUGGGUAAAGCUGAAGAAGAGAAGGUCAUUACUAAUGAGGCGGAGGAAAGAGAAGAAACAUCUAGGAAAGAUGAGAAUGAAGCUGAAGCAGGUCAAGACUUCAGGGAAAGAGCUGAGGAAGAGAAAAUGGAGGCAGAAGAAGAUGAAGAAACAAACAAAGUGAACACGGAUAAUGUGGAGGAGAUUGAAGAAAAAGAUACAAAUAAGAAGAAAGAUGUGAUGGAUGAAGCUGAAGAAGUACUAGUAACUAAUGAGACUGAAGAAAGAGAAGAAACAACUGAGAAAGACAAUGAAGAUGAAGAAUGUAAAGACUUCAGGGAACGAAAUGAUAAUGAAGAAAGGGAGGAUGACGUAGGUGAAGAAACCAACAAAGCAAACAUGUAUAAUGUCGAGGACAGUGAAGCGAGAGACAAAAACAAGAACAGAGUUGUGACAGUUGAAGAUGAAGAAGAAGCUACUAAUGAGACCGAGGAAAGAGGAGAUGCGAGUAAAGAUGUAAGGGGUACACAUGUGGAAGAAAAACUUGAGGCCAAGGAAGGUGUGGAAGAAAAUGAAGAAAAAAAUAAAAACACAGAUGUCGAGGAUAAAGCUGAAGAAAAGAAGAUGGCAGAGGAAAUAGAGGAGACAUCCAAGAUAAAUUCAGAAGAACUUGAGAAAAUGUCAGAACAACAUCUGGAAAAUGUAGAAGUGAUGAGUAUGACUGAAGAGAUACACAAAGCUCCAAUGAAAGACAAGAAUAAAAGGAGCGAAGUUGACGCUGAAAACGGGGAGACGUCCACCCGAGGGGAAGACAACCAAGAUGAGCCGAACAAAAGUGAUGGCGAGACAUCAGAGCACCUUGAAGAAGAAAGAAAAGACAAGUCUGUGGAGGUGAAAAAAAACUAUGAGGAAUCUGGGGACACCCAUAAGUUAGAAGGUGAUGGCAAGGAAGUGGUCACCAACGACCGCUUUGAGCUGGCUUUGGUGGAGUUAAUAGAGGACUUUAAGUCAGAUGAUUUAAACAGCAACGGACAAGAUGGCAAGGCUGAGAAAACCAACAACCAUCCUAAAACUGAUUAUUCCACAGGAGGUUACGAUCAGAACUCGGCAGCUGAAGCUACUGAUUUGAACAAGACAGCUGAUAAAUUACACUCAGAAGACAAUCUCCCCAGCACCAAAAAAGUGGCUUCCACUGAGAAGUCUCGUUGGACUGUGGAGGCCAGCAAAGGCUCAGCAGAAGGAGCGAGCGUGCUUCUCCAACCCCAGUCAAUAAAGGAUCAGCCCACCAAUUCUCGCCAUGGAGAAAGUCCAGAGGUAUUAGCAAGAGCAAGCAGCGCCGAGCUCGUCACAAAGUGGCUCACCAUGCAUCAGGCAUCCAAGUUCUUUGAGACCUAUGUUGACCCACUGGAGGACCUCACAGACUCUGAGGUGGGUGUCAGUAUGGAGGCCAGAAAAUCUUCAGAGACGUUGAUUAGGGAGGCGGUUGAUAGUGAUGAAGUAAAGUUUAAAAGUAAAACCAAAGGUGAUGCUCAGUCACAAUGUGAGCGCAUUCACCUUAAAGAUGACGAGCCCUGUGAGAAGGUCACCAAUGUAGAAGUGGAGGAUAAGGUGCAGGUCCUAAUACCAAACACUGACAGUGAGCUGACUGCAACAGACGCAAAGGCAAAACUCUCAGAGAACCAAGGUUUUCUCUCUGAUGACACAGUUGAAUCAACUGAUGGCAACAUCGCUGACACAUUCCAAAACAAAGUGGAAAGCAUGUCAGGGACCAAACCAUCGAGUGUCAUGGAAAAGGAAACUGAAGCCACAAACCAUUCUCCUAAAACUGAAAAUGAUGAUGACAAGCAUGAAUGGAAACCUGCCGAUGAUGAUCAGACAACUCCAGAUGGAAGGGCACAUAAAGAGUGUCAAGAAGUGACAAGUGAGAAGGCAUAAGCUCGAGUGUUGAGCGCAUACUCCAGCUCAAAUCUGGACCGGAGCGCGGCCACGUGACCCCGACUGGGUCCGGCUCUGGCAAGCAGACAGUCCGAUGACGA